AUCUUUCGAGCAGACGAAACAAUAAGCCCAACAACAGAUUGUAAGAACAUGGUUUCGUAACUUUUGACUAGUGUGUUCUGUUCCUUGUUAGCGAAAUGGAUAUGGAAAUCAACAAAAAACUCCUUCCUAUGAAGGCUCAUUAUUUCUUUUUCAACGCCGGCCUUGCACCUCUUAUGCCCUUCAUUCCAACGUACGCCCGGCAAUUAGGCGUAUCUCAAGUCGGAGUUGGGUUAAUGUAUACGGUGUUCCCCUUUGUUGGUCUUCUAGCGAAACCACUCUUUGGCACUAUUGCAGAUAAAUUUAAAAUUGGCAAACAAAUAUUUAUCACAGCUAUCAUUUUUACUGCCAUAUUCUUUACAAGCAUCUACUAUGUUCCUGCCAAAACCAGUGAAGCAAUUAUUGAUUUCGACUGCAGCAUGAUGACAUUAUUAAAAACGUGUGAAGUAAGUGACAACUGCACACUCACACGAAUUAAUUUGGAAAAUCCUGACAUGAUGUCAGCUAUGGAGUGCACGCUAACCUGCCAUUCACUAGAAAGCCAAUUUCUCGAAGAGAUGUGCGAAACCUGGAAUGUUACUGAUGUUUGUAACAAAAAUGUAACAUCAAUUGAAAUGAAGACCUAUUCAAAUAUGAGCAAGGCACUGUUGGAACAAACAUGUCUCUAUUUCCCUGUAGAAAGUAUUACGCUAAAUGAAACCAAAGUAGAAAAUCCCUACUGUAAAACAGCAUCUUCAAUGAAGUGUAAUACAGUGUGCAACAGUGCAACUGUGAUGAGUUAUCUUCAGAAACCUCUUACAGAAACUCCACAGGAGCCAUACUAUUCAACCGUCCAAUUUCAAAUGCUAUUUGGCCUAAUGAUUGGUGCUUGGGCUAGCACUGCAGUUGUUGUUAGCUUAGGAGAUAGCAUCUGCUUUAAUUUACUGGGGAGCAAACCGCAUGAUUAUGGAAGACAAAGGUUAUGGGGUGCACUAGGUUGGGGUAUAUCGGCAAUUUUUGCCGGAUAUCUCAUCGAUUCAGUGAGCCAUGGAAAAAACAUGAAAGAUUACACGCCAAGUUUCAUAUUAGUAUUUAUCAUGUUAACGAUAAAUGCAAUUUCUGUAUCCAGAAUCAAGAUUGAUUAUCGUCAAGAGCCUUACGCAUUUCAAAAAGUUGUGUCCCUUUUCAAAGACGUGAAAGUUGUGCUAUUCCUAUUCAGUUGUAUCACAUUCGGAAUUUGCAUAGGUUCGAUUUGGCAAUUCCUUUUCUGGUAUUUAGAAGAUCUUGCUUCAGCCCAAGGAUGUGAUUCUUUGGAGUGGAUCAAGCUUUUGGAAGGCUUAGCCAUGGGCAUUCAGUGUUUUGCCGGCGAGGCCCCCUUUCUGUUUUUAUCAGGGUGGUUCUUGAACAAACUUGGUCACGUUCACACCAUGACCAUGAUUUUGUUAGUUAUGGGCUUUCGCCUUAUAUGUUAUUCUUUUCUAACUAACCCAUGGCUCACGUUACCGAUAGAAUUACUAAACGGAUUAACGCUAGGCGUAUAUUGGUCAACGAUGACAUCUUAUGCCUACCUAAUAGCUCCACCUGGAGCCGGUUCAACUUUACAGGGUAUAUUCGGAGCUCUUUUUGAAGGCAUAGGUACGGCAGUGGGAAGUCUUUUAGGUGGUUUCAUUUUCCAAAACUAUGGAGGAGCUACCAUGUACCGUUCCUUCGGAAUUUACACGCUAGUUUUUGGUAUUCUCUACUCAUCCAUCCACGCCUUUAUGGACCGAAGAAAUAAAUUGACACGUAAAGCAUUGGCGACUGGCAUUGAAGAUUAUUCAAGCACAGAAUCCUACAGUCGUGUAAAUCAUGGUCCUGAUGAUCGACUGUAAUACUAGAAAACGUAAGGAGUGUUCGUCGUUCGCAAUUAGCAUCAACGGAUUCCUAGUAAGGAUACAUGGGUGACCUGACGAAAGAGCUCCAAACUCGGAAUUAUUCGGGCUCCACUCGUGAUCUCCACUCUCGUCUGCGUUUUGUUAACGCAAUUAAAGGGAACACAAGUAGUCUAUUCUUUACUAUAGCGAAGCCUUUCAUAUCAAAAGGGAUUCAUAACUAGAAAUUUUCAGCAUGGGAUGUUCACAUUUAUUUUAUGAACAAUUUAGUACAAGAAAUACUUUACA